AUGCGGGAGGCUGAGCAACGGGAGACGAUGGGGCCCCGCUACGAGGAGAUGAUGGCGGAUGAGAUGCUGAGACAGGACGAGGCGAACGCGAGGGCGGCGAUGCAAGGUCGCCCGGUCACUCCGCCUCGCGGUGUCGAGCCGAGGCGGAGCCCCGGUCCACGUCGCACGAGAAACAUCGUAUACAAAGAAGCUCUGGCUUAG